AACAAGGCCAUUAUAAAUUAUGAACAACCUGUUAAUGAUAUUAACAUGGUGUAUGAUGUCAAAAUGAUGAAAGAGGGAGGGGGAGAUCAGUGGCAUGUGAAUCAUAUUUGUAACCUUGCUCUUAAGGUUUUCUCUCUUUUCAUGAUCCUGAAUAUGAAACUCCCUGUUUUGUUGAUGAGUAUUUUCAUGUGGUUUAAUGCUUCUACUCUUACCACCAUGCCACUGGUUAUUUAUAAACAGGGAAGGUGUGAGAAACAUGAGUCAGUAUAGGCAACAAUCAUGUGUUGACUUUCUCUAAAGGUAUGCGGUUGUUCUGAAAGCACAGUGUACAGACUUGUGUGUGUACACAUGGGCGGUCUCCUGUAUAAGCAAUAAUAUGAAGAUGAGCUACUUGGCCUGGUGGUCUACCCUCAGAAUAUCUUUUCUUCAUCUCGUCUUGGACAAGCCGCACCGCUCUGCGACUAGUUUCCUUCCUGGGGCUUGGGAUGGGAAGUGACAAUCACGAGCUAGUCAGUCAAGAGGCUCACGCUAAAUCAGAUUCAAGGGUGGGAUAGGACUCUAUGCGAUAGCCAGUCUGAAUAUAUAUGCAUGCACUGUGAAUUGUCCAACCUUCGCUAGCUGGCCUGUUCAGUGGCACUGCUGCAAACACACUUUGCAAGUGAAACCUACGGUAACCGACUGGUCGGAAUUUACUGAGGAGAGAGUGGACUUGGAGUACUCACUCCCUGAUACACUCUUGUACACAUAUCACCAUCGUUCGUCCCCUUAUUUGAAUCUCUGGUUGAAAUAUUAGUUUCUUCGCGGUGUGUGAUUUUGCUUGUGACCCACAUUUGAGGGUAGUGAACGUGCAUGGAAUAUAGAUGAACCUGCAUCAAUAUUGGAUAGGUAGAUAUUAGAAUAAUAUCAAACUAUGGAGAUGACUUUUGCUUGGAUGAUACAAACACAAUGCUGAUUGAUGACAGAACUGUAGAACAGCAAUAAUCAGCAAAAUACAGAGAAAGUGGUGUUACCGGACAAGUAGAAUGGCUCAACCACCCAGGCGUGUUAAAUCAGCGACUGAGUCUAGAAGAAGAAAUAUGGAAUCUUCUACAAAUGGGAAUUCUAUCAAUGGCACAGCCUCUGGGAGGGCUACUACGUCUCCUUACAGCCAGUCAAUAUCUAGUGUUUCUAAAGGUGGACAUGGAAGUAGUGAGAUUACGAGACGGGUGUCUCAAAAGGACAAACCAGCAAUUCCUGCAAAACCACCACUAAAUAAAGUACCACCUCCAAAACAUAAUGGCAAAAGUAAUGGAACUUCACCUACUGCAACAACAUUGAACAGCAAAACUCAAACUAGUGCAGCAAGUAGCGAAAAGCGGGAAGGAGAAAACAGGGUAAAUGGUGGUAGCCAAGUUAGAAAGACUAGUGAUAUAAAUGGAGAGGCAAGACCCUCAAGUGGUAAAAGUAGAUACUGUCUUGAGAUUACCUUAGAGAAGAAGGUGUCCACACCAACAGUUAGAAGAAAGCAGGCAGAAAGAGAGGCUGCCAACUCCAUAGCUUCAAGCUCUGAAGAGAGCUCACCUUCACAAUCACCUUCCAAGUCAGUGCACUUUAAGAGUUCGCGAAGCAAUAGUGCAAGUAGUAUAGACUCUAGGGAUAGAUUGAGGUUUGGAGGCAUCCCAGGGAGCUUACCCCGCUAUCAGUGCCAUACCAUCAGUAGUGCAGACAAGAUCCAAAGGACCAAGUCUGCUUCAGGUAAAGCUGGGACAGGAAUGGAGGCUCAUAGUGAAACACAACUCAAUGGAUCUUCCAAUGGCACUUCUGUGGUGGAGCCCAUCCGAAGAGGUCGGGCAAGAAGCGUGGGACCGAUACGCAGGGUACGUUCCAAUGAGAUGAUGCCCCCCAAAAGAGAUCUUAGUCCAUCUCCAAAGUCUGGAAAAAUCUCUCAGGUUCGCAGCAAAAGUGUAGAGCGAUCUAAAAAUCGACAGAGCUUUGGUGGCUUCGUGCAGCGACAGAGGCAGGCUUGGGAAGAACGAGUGACAACAGUGACCAAAAGAGCACCACUGAGUAAUUUGGCUGAAAAGAAUGUAAAUAGAAGAAGCUUAGAUCCAAACCAUGCUCCAAAGAUCAUGCAAAAAUCAGGCUCAGUUACUCAGCGUAAGAACAUGCUUUUUGGUAAAGGAGCAAAUAUACAGAAAGUAAAGUCAACCAUAGAUGGGAACCAAGUGAAUAAACCAACUUCCCCAACAUCAAUCCAAAACAAGUCAGAUGCUAGCCAACAAGUGCCUAAAACGAAGUCUUCUAGCAAUGACUGUGACUUCCACACCUCCACCAAGGCUGAAAUGAAUGGACAAGUUGGAAGCAAAGCAUAUGCUCAGGGUGAUAAUGUAGCUAGCUCUGAUCAAAAGAGAACUUCCAUUGUGGAUAACCCACCUGAUAAACCAUCCGUCUUGCAGGAGAUUGCUCCUGCACCAAGCAGUAAACCUAAUGCUCCAAACAGUCUACCAGUCAAACCUGUUUAUCAAAACGCAGAUCUUAGCCACAGGGUAUCAAGAGCGAAAGAAAAUAACAUAGGAAUGCUUGUGACUGAUUUGGAUGCACUGGAUGUUAAUGGUACAGACGAAAUAGACAAUGGAAAGAGUCACUUGUUUAUUGAUGAGGAAACCUUGGGAAUAAAACCAGAGUGUCUCAGACUCAAACCUCAAACAAGCGAUACCCAAGGAGAGUAUAGUGAAAUCCUAGGACUCGCGGAUCCCAAGGAAAUUAACAAACUCAACAGUGAGACUCUCCAUAAUCUGAAAAAAGUGGAUAACACAUUUCUUGAGGUUGAGAAAAAGAAAGACACUGUAGUGGACAAAGCAAAAGAGCAAGAAAAGGCAGGAAUCUGCAAUGGAGAGGAUGUGGGUGAAAAAGAUGGACAUUAUUUCUUGAAGGUUGUCAAUGAAGAACAGUCUAGGAUAGAAUCACUCUGUCGAAAGGUGGAACAUGAUCUGGAAAGUGACAUGUCUGAUGAAGCGGGUGGAAUAUGUCGAGCAUUCCUUGGGAAAGCCAAUCUCUUAACCAGCAAGAAGUUCAAGCAAUUCAGAGGGCUUUGUGAACAGAACAUUACACCAUCUGAGGAGGCUGGGAAGAGCACAUUGGCAUCUGACCUGGCAGGCUUCUGGGACAUGGUGAUGAUACAGGUAGAUGACAUCAACUCCAAGUUCAUUGACAUCGAGACUCUCAAAGACAACAACUGGAAAGUGACCGCUCCGGAAGUAACAAAGGUGAGAGGAAGUUUCUGAGUUGUGCUACAUAUUUUUAAUCACUUUAGGCCAUGAAUUUAUAGGCCUAAAUCAUUUUAGUAUGUCAAAAGAACGCAUUAAGAAGUUUUUUUAUCACAGUUAAAAAAAAGAAAAAUGAUAAACAUUUCUGGGGGGGGGUAUCUUUAAUACAGUAGAUGCAAAGAGUAAAAACUAAACAAGUUGACGCUUCCUUGCAUCCUUACUGCUUUGCUUGGAUCCCAGCUCUGAUUUUUUUUUUAUGAAACAGAUCACUGACUGAUUGAAUAUUCACCAAUAUAUUUAUGCCAAAUAUUUUUGUUUGCAAUCAUACAUAUUUUUUUAGUUUACAUAUUGGUUUUCAGAGGAAAGCUUGGUUGUUUUGGUUUUUAAAUGCCACAGAAGUUCCAGCAAAUCCUUUUGUGACGUGGAGGUGUGGAUCUUGUAUAACCUUUUCUGCACUAACGACCCUGAAUGGCUCUUAAACAGUCCAUAACCAAUAUAUAAGAUGAGAUUUACUCACUUUGUGGAAUUCCAUCAGUUGUUUGAUCAGUGUGCAUUCCAAAAGGCCCCAUUUAAGGUGAAUUUUCUUCCAGUUUUGGAUCAGUGAAGAAAGGAGGAUAAUCGUGAUAAAAUGAAAGGAUUCUGAUUGACCCAUGGAUUGUAUGACAAAGAUAUAGGCCUUAAAAUGUAAUCUCUUUUGUUAUCCUGUGUAUUGUGUUUGAUUUCAAUUGCCUUGAUUUGUUAUUUUCAUCUUUCUUUAUAAGUCGUGUUUCAAUUAGGCAAACUAUGAAAAAAGACAAAAUGACAGAACUUAAUGGAUAACUAUGCACAUAACAUUUCAAGGCUUGAAAUUCAGGCAUUUCUUGUAGAUGUUUUCCUAUUUCUGUUCGGGAAGCAACUAAAUAUAUCUAUUACUUUAGUUUCAUCUUGGCAUGGGUUCCGGAAGCAAGAUCGGAUAUGCUGCAAUGACAGCUACAUGUAAUACCAGGAAAGGAUAUGCAGACAACACAAUGUUUAUGCUGUAAAUAAAUGGUACAUUAUCCUUAUGAGUAUAACCACACACACAUGCACUCAUAACUGCAGAAAUAUAGGCUGUGUAGAUAAUAUGAAUGUGAGCAAAUGCUAAAAUCCAUGGAUGUAGUCAUUCCUUUUUUGCUCUGCAUCUGGAGGAGUGAUUGAGCUUGACGUAAAAAAAGGCAGAACAUAUAGGCCAAGGUCUUCAAAACCAGCAAUGGGUUUUGGUAUUGUGCUUGAACUUACAUGUAAAUUACUUUGUGUAUCAGUGGUGUAUCAACUGAGUAUUGAUAUCAAGGCCAGACUACAGUAGUUGGGUAUUCAUAAAGGCCUAUCUGUGAACAAGAUGCCUUGUGGUAUUAUAAGCCAGUCUUUUCAUGUAGACCUAAUAGCGGAUAGUGACAUGCUGAUAUUUCAAUAUUUCCUUCAAAUACAUUAUUUUCUUAUUUUUUUUUUCCUUGGGGGGGGGUGUUUGUUGAAAAAAACAAGAUGGAUAUUCUAUUCCAAUUGAAAUGGUUUUUAUAGAGAGAAAAUUUGGCCUAGAUUUGUAUGACAAUAUACAUGUACAUUGUACAGUCUGAAAGUAAUUAAAGUUUAGUGUACUGUAAGCGAGAGUCUGGUACAGGCCUGUUGUUGGGAUAAAAGAAAACUAUAAUGUGAUGUGUGUAAUCACAGAUUUCUCUCUUACUUUAGAAUCUGUAUGCAGAGUUUAAAAAAUCUAUUCUGUGUUCGAUAACUAUCCACUAUAAUAAGUCUGAACCACACUUCGAGCCAGACUAUUUCAGUCCCAUACCAUUGAAAAGGAAGUAGUGUUAGCCACGUGCUAUGCAGUACAUAGGACUGUCAAAUCAAAUUAUUGUUGAACUGUGAAUGACCACUAUGAGGGAGAAACGUUAGACUCCCGGUCAUGCUGAUUUCGGUUAUAUGUAGGCUAAUACCAUUUGCGGUAUGCUAAUAAAUGUAUCCCCAUAGCCCUGUGAGAGGUGUCAUCCUGUGAAUAUAUUGUAUAAAAGAGUUACAUGUAGUCCAACGCAUUGUGCCGCUGGUUAAUGCCCCAGCACAGGCGUAUAUGCACUUAUGUAAAUUCAGCAAAUAGGAGAAAACAACAAAUUUAAAAUCCCUUUGAGAACACAUUUUAGAUUAAAAUUAUAUGUGGAGCAUGGUUUUUAUGAGGGAGAAUCAAACAAAAAAGGAGUGGUUAAAUUUGAUUUUCCAAAACUACCCUGACAAAGAAUUUCUCUCUAUUUUUAGUUUAGCAUAUUCCAAUGCCUGUACUCCUUGAUUUGAACUCGAACCAAGAAGUGAGAAGACAAGACAUACAGUAACAGUAUGCUACCGGGCAUGCAGGCUCAAUGGAAAAUCGUCCCCCUAAAUACUGUAGGUCGCAGGUUCGAUCCCCAGCAGACUCAUACCAAAGGCUUUUAAAAAUGGAAACCUUCUAGCUUGAUGCUCAGCAUUUAGAUUGGGGAAGGCCCAUACUAAUUAUGUUUGCUGGUAGAGCACAUUUCUAAGUGAAGUGGAUACCCUGUUCAAGUAAAAUAUUAUUACUAGGACUUUAAAAAAAAAAAUCUAUAAUCCCCCUUGUCCUCACUAUAAUCAUUACCAAGUUUCUACUAUACAUGAAAACCGAAAUUUUUCAUUGCUUUAAAAUCUCUCUUCAAAUGUGUGGCAUUCAAGGGCUGCUACAUGUACCUUCUGCCAGAGGAUACAGCUAAAACACAUGGAUCUUGAUUUGAUAUCAAUCCAGCCAACCACCUAAUAUCACAGGAUAUUCUAUUUAACUCAUGCAGACUCUGGCAUACGGAAUUCAUGCUAAUAUUACUAUUAACUAUCUCUAGGCCUAUAAAUAGCAAGGUGGGGGAAAUCAUGAUCCAUGCUGCAAUGUACGAGCAAAACAGGAAGUGAUAAUUUGAACAGGUUUCUACUGAUGUAUCCCAGCUUGCCCCUGCUGGAUUUGGAGAAGGAUGAACGAGGAUCGGAGAAAGCCUCAAAAUAGAUUUAAGUUUUGAAUGCACUCGGGUGUCUUUGCCACUGUGCAAGAAGUUGCCCCCAAGAACCACUCAUGCUCAGAUUAAUAAUUAGAUUAAUAAAUUAAUAAAAUUUAAGGUGCGACAUGAGAAGUUUUUGUCCAAUGGUCUCAUGUCUUGUAAAGAAAGUGUCUGCGGGGUCAUUUCUAAGGAUUUUACGGAAUUGAUUUUGAAAAAAGUGAAUCUGUGGUUGUGAAGCAUCAACUACAGUACUGUUAUUUAGAGAUGAUAUAAGAAUCGUUACAAGUGAAUACAUAUUUGCUGCAUAGAGACUCAGAAAAUUAAACAUUGAUGAUAUGGUUUUACGUUUUUGGAAAUCUUUUGAACAUAAUUUGUUGAAAUGAUCUAGUUUUGUAGAUGUAAUUUACCACCCUUCUCGGACCUUCUAAACCGAGCAUUGCUUUAGAAUCAUGAUAAUUUUACAACAAAUUAUCUCAUUCUUAUCCCUAUAUCUAGUUAAGAAAAUGCAUUGAUAAUACAUUAGUCACCAAAUGUAAAUGUCCCCAAAAUAAGAUCUCUUUUUUCCCCAUUUUGAUCAUAAGAACAAAGGACCUUCUUGUAUCAAACCAAUGAGAUCUAUUUAGCUUGCCCAAAUG